UAUCCGUAUAAAUCACGUAUCCGAAUAAUUGGCGAAUCCGUUUUUUAGCCCUUUUUUUCAACGAAUUUAAAAAUUAGAAAGCGAAUUUUAUCCGAAUUAUACCUGUACCGAAUUUUUGCCGAAUCCGAUUUAACUAACUAUAGUCUUAAUAAGUGCUCCUUCGUAUUGAAUUCUUAUUAUUCUUUUUCUUUUUAUUAUUGCUGUCUUCCGGCCUCCGAGCUGUUUGUGUCGAUCCCGCCGCCGCAUAGGAAUAGGAAGAAUGUUCCACGGAUCGCUCGCUGGUAACUCCUUGUUUUCUUCGAUCCCGAUCACUCCUUCUCCGAACCCUAGAGCGCGGAGUCCCCCAAAUGCAGCUUUCGCAGUGCGAUCCCAUGCUGUGGAGUCGUCGAGCCUUAAUCCGGCGGCGGCCACGGUGUCGUCGCGGCCGUACCUGGGAGGGAUGGGCCCCCACACGGGGCGCGACCCGACCGUGAAGAAGCCCGACUGGCUGCGGCAGAGGGCGCCGCAGGGGGAGAAGUUCGCCAGGCUUAGGGAGUCGCUCUCCGAGCUCAAGCUCAACACUGUCUGCGUCGAGGCACAGUGCCCCAACAUUGGAGAGUGUUGGAAUGGAGGUGGAGGGGCGGGUGGAGAAGGGGAUGGCAUUGCAACUGCAACCAUCAUGCUUCUAGGGGAUACAUGUACACGGGGAUGCAGAUUUUGUGCUGUGAAAACAAGCAGAAAUCCAGCACCGCCAGAUCCUACGGAGCCUGAAAAUACUGCUCGGGCAAUUGCCAGCUGGGGUGUGGACUAUAUUGUAUUGACAAGUGUGGAUCGAGAUGACCUUCCUGAUGGUGGAAGUGGCCACUUUGCUGAGACAGUCAAAGCUAUGAAGAGGUUCAAACCUGAUAUAUUGGUUGAGUGUCUAACCUCUGAUUUUCGAGGUGAUUUGGAAGCUGUGUCAACCUUGGUUCGUUCCGGGCUUGAUGUUUUUGCCCACAACAUUGAAACCGUGAUGCGUCUGCAAAGAAUCGUGAGAGAUCCUCGAGCAGGGUAUGGGCAGAGCUUAUCUGUUCUGAAGCAUGCAAAGCUUUGCAAGGAAGGGAUGAUUACAAAAUCUUCUAUCAUGCUUGGUCUUGGUGAGAAGGACGAGGAGGUGAAGGAAGCUAUGGCUGAUUUAAGGGCUAUUGGUGUCGAUAUUUUGACUUUGGGACAGUAUUUGCAGCCGACACCUUUGCACCUGACAGUGAAAGAAUAUGUUACUCCUGAGAAGUUUUCCUUCUGGAAGGAGUAUGGAGAAUCUAUUGGUUUUAGUUAUGUUGCUAGCGGACCAUUGGUUCGGUCAUCCUACAGAGCCGGUGAGCUGUUUGUUCAAAAUUUGGUGAGGAAUAACAUGACCAAGCAUUCUUCCCCUGGAUCAUAGUCGUUCUCAAUCGAAGUCACCGGCAUUUGAAUAAUCAAGUAUGAUCUAAUAACGCAGUAGGAUAGCAGCAGCAGAAACUAACCAACGGAAUCCUAUUCUUUUGCUUGGACAGUUUACCAGAAAGCCUUGAAUUCUGAAGUUUCUGUUCAUGGAUAACUUUCUCGGUAUUUUCUUGGAGAUGUGCUUCUGCUGAAAUCAACACCGGUACACUACAGCAGCCGACGCGGAGCUCAAGCGAAGCCCCCCCCAAAUAUGGGGUCCGCUUUUAAUUGGGCGGCUUCAACCUGAAGAGCUUAUGGAGAGGAUCGGAGUGCAAGAGUUCAUGAAGAGGACCUCUCUAGUCGAUAAAGUAAAAAAGAUAGCAUUUCGAUCUGGUGCCUUUAAAUCUUCUUGAUUUGAAAUAAAGUUUGAUCAAUUACUAUUUGAAUGCUUCAGAUUUGAUACAAAACCGUGUUCUUUUUCUUUUAGGAUAACCAAAUUUGUGUGACCCUGUUUUAAGUUUAAUUUUUGAUAUAAAUCAUCCUUUCUGCCAGAAUCAUGAAA